AUGGGCUUCCUCAACAAGCCAAUGGAUCGUCUCAUGGAUGGCAUCAGAUCCAUCGACGACAGAAUCAACAGCUCUACCUUUGGUCGAGUUUUCCGGCUGAACGGAUCUGGUCACCCGAAGCAGAUCGAGGAUGCCAACUUCUCCACUGAGAUCCGCGCAGGUUUGACGACUUUUGCUACGAUGGCAUAUAUCGUCGCAGUCAAUGCUACCAUCCUGGCUGAUAGUGGUGGCACUUGCGAAUGCAAGGACCUUAAUCUGAGCGCGGAACCUCAGUGCUCCAACGAAGCCGAGUUCUUGAAGUGCCAAACUGAACUCAAACGUGACCUGAUCACUGCCACUGCUGCUCUGUCUGGUUUCGCGAGCAUUCUCUUCGGAUUCCUGACAAAUCUCCCUGUUGCUCUAGCUCCCGGCAUGGGCCUCAAUGCCUACUUCACUUACCAAGUCGUUGGUGUCCGUGGCUCUGGCUCUGUUCCGUACCGUCUCGCCCUCACGGCUGUGUUUGUUGAAGGCUUCAUCUUCAUCUUCCUAGCCAUCACCGGCAUGCGUCAUUGGCUUGUCAAGAUAAUUCCUGGCACUCUCAAGACAGCAAGCGGCGUGGGAAUCGGCAUGUUCCUCACCUUGAUUGGAAUGUCAUACAGCUCGGGAAUCGGUAUCGUGACCGGAAAUGUGGUGACCCCUCUUGCAAUCGGCGGCUGCACCGGCGAUCAUUUGCACAACGGAACCUGCGAUGGCGGUAUCAUGACAAACCCUGGGAUGUGGAUUGGUAUUGUCUUUGGUGGACUUCUCACGGCGUUUUUGAUGGCUUUCCGCGUCAAGUCUGCGAUCAUCAUCGGCAUUCUUAUUACCUCUAUCCUCUCAUGGCCGCGCGGUACUCCAUUCACAUAUUUCCCAGAUACCGAAGAGGGACAAGAGAGGUUUGAUUUCUUCAAACAGGUCGUCGCUUUCCACCCUAUACGACAAACCCUUGCGGUUCAGCAGUGGAACUUGCUAGGUGAAUAUGGCGGCAAAUUUGCCCUUGCGCUCUUCACUUUCCUAUACGUUGAUAUCAUUGACUGUACCGCGACAUUGUACUCUAUGGCUCGCUUUUGCAACAAAACUCGAGCGAGGGACGGCGACUUCCCACGUUCGACGGUGGCCUAUUGCACCGAUGCCUUCUGCAUUACCAUCGGCUCACUCUUUGGAUGUUCUCCGGUCACAGCUUUUAUUGAAAGCGGUGCCGGAAUUGCAGAGGGAGGACGGACUGGACUCACUGCUAUUGUCUGUGGGUUCUGCUUCCUGGUCUCGAUCUUCUUCGCUCCUAUCUUUGCCUCUAUUCCGCCUUGGGCAACCGGCUGCACACUGAUUCUUGUCGGCUGCUUGAUGAUCCGACAAGUCGUUUCUGUGAAUUGGCACUAUGUUGGUGAUGCUAUUCCUUCCUUCGUCACCAUUGCCUUCAUUCCGUUCAGCUACAGCGUCGCAUACGGCCUGAUUGCCGGCCUCUUCGUCUACACUGCUCUCAACACUAUGAUCUGGGUCGUCAUCAAAUGCUCCAGAGGAGCCAUUGAGCCACGCGAUUAUGAGCUCAAGGAGUACUGGACUUGGAAACCUGUUGGUGAGAAACCCUGGCUCAUUCGGAUUUUCACCAGAAACAGCUCCCGAUUCUGGGAGGACGAGCGUGGUGACAUGAAUGACCAAGAUUUCGUGCUGCAUGAGAACGAGAGUACUCGCAACUCCCAGCUUGGAUCCACCACCACAUCGGAUGAGAAAUGUCUGGAGAGGAUUGCGUCGCCGGAGCGUUGUGUCCUCCGCCGCGAUUGA